AUGGCGUCUCGCCUCGACCGGAUCCUUGAGGGUCCGCCCCGAGGCGACGUCGACGCCCCGCGGAUGGAAACGACAAAGGAGGGACCAGGUGGAUCUCACCGCCCUCGUGCCGACACCCCCCCUGUGCCUGCAACUGGUCAGGUCACCCCGCGCCCUCCCCCUGCGCCCAAGAUGGGCUCCUCCGACCCUCAGCUGCCGACCGGCAUCGAGAGCGCCCCACCUCAUCCCCCAGCGGGUGAUCCUGCCCCGUCGUCGCUGAAACAGGCCGAGGCGCCCCAGACCCAAGGGCAAGAGGGAGCCCUCGUGCCUCCCCGAUCGGGGGUCAAGGGGGAUCCCAUUACCAUCAGUGAUGGGUCUGGUGGCGACGAGACGUCGAGGGGUGCCCGUCCUAUGGAUGAGGAGGUCUCGACUUCUCUUGUCGCGGGACGGAUGCGUUGGCCUGCCGGUCUUCGCUCCCUCGAGGAGUAG